AUGAAUAAACUGUCCUUCUCAGUGGUUCCAGAUGGUUACAUUGUUAUCAACAGCAAAAUAUGGGAAAGUGGCAAGAUAAAAGUGGAGGGGGCAAAGGAAGAAAAAGAAAGGGCGCUCCGAAAGCCGGCUUGGGUCCUGCAAAUUAUUCUGAAGGCAAAGUACCUGCACUCUCCCCGCCGAGGCUGGCUGUCAGCGCCGCGCGCGAGGGGAGGAGGCUCGCGAGGAGGAGGAGAAAGAGGAGCGGGAGGGCUCGGGCUGGGAGGGGAGCGCAGGGUGGGGGAGGCCGGUGAGCGGCUCCCGGCUCCCCGGAGAAGCAGCCGAGACGGCGAGGAGGAGGCGAGGCUCUGUCAAGGCGAGGCGCUGCCCCACGCGCUCCGGCCGCCGGCUGCGGCGGCGUGGGCCACGCUCCGGCGGGCGGGAGCCGGGGCGGGGAGGACGCGGCGCGGGAUGCUCCGAGCGCCUGCCGGGGAGAGAAGCGGCGGCGGCGGCGGCGCUGCGGGCGCGCCAGCUGGGGCGGGAGGAGGGGAGACCCGGCACCCACCGGCCCGGAGCUGCCCGACGAGGCUUGGGCGGACCCCGCAGCCCGGGUGCCUUGGCACGAUUCCAGGGCUCCGGGGUAAAGCGGUUCCCGCGGGAACAGGAGGACAUGUCAGGCACAGGCUGUUCCCCAUCACUGUAGCCACAGAGGACUGGUCCAGAUGCGGAUCCCGAUCUGUGCUUCUUCAGAUGGUUGGAUACCAAGAAAGCUGCUCAGGAAACCUUACAACGCAAUGGAAAAAACAUUGGAGCUCCUGGUUCUUAAGCCUUCAGACUCCAGGAGGUACACCACUGGGCUCCUCAAGUUCUCACCCCUUUGGUCUCAGACUGAAUUAUACUACCAACUUCCCUGGUUCUCCACCUUGCAGAUGGCAGAUUGUGGAACUUCUUGGCCUCCAUAGUUGCAUGAAGCAAUUCUCAUAUUAAAUCGCCACUUACAUAUCUAUACAUAUUCUCUUGGUUCUGUUUCUCCGGAGAACCUGACUUAUACAUGACCUACAUAUAUAGCUAAAUAACAAUCUAUUAAUAUUUUCCACAGAGGUGUCAUGUCUCUGUAUAUUAAAUGAUCCAAGACCAGACGUGGUGGCUCAUGCCUGUAAUCCCAGCACUUUGGGAGGCCAAGGUGGGCAGAGGAGGUCAGGAGUUUGAGACCAGCCUGGCCAAUAUGGUGAAAGAUCUUCUCUACUAAAAAAAUGUUAGCAGGGCAUGGUGGCACACACCUGUAAUCCCAGCUACUUGGGAGGCUGAGGAGGGAGAACUGCUAGAACCUGGGAGAUGGAAGUUGCAGUGAGCCAAGAUUAUGCCACUGCACUCCAGCCUGGGUGACAGAGCAUGACACUGUCUCAAUAAAAAUAAAAAUAAAUGAUACAGAUUCAUCAAAAUUAUAAAACUAUCUCAGUUUUUAAAAAAAUGUAUGUCACUAUUUUAUGGUAUCUGACUGCAAAAUUACAAUAAUGAUGGCUAGUAUUUAUUAGUUGAUGAAACACAACCAUAAUUUGUAAGGUAUAGUAAUUCCCAUCAACUUUAGAAACUGAAUUAGCAAUCAAAACUAUAUAUAUCCAUUCUUUUAAUUAUUUUUAAAAGCCUAUAAUAAGGAUGUUAAAGGUAAAGCUAAGUUAUCAAUAAUAACCCUAAAAUAACUGCAUUAUGCAUAUCCUUUGGAAAGAGAGAGAGCAAUGAGGGACGGAUUUAAAAAAUUCAAUCUACCAAGUUAUUUUAUGCAAAUAGUUUUUAAAAUAACAUCAUAUAAAUUAACAAAGAUCAGGGCAAGUUCCUUAAUCAAAGUAAAAUAUUGAAUAUAAUUUUAAAGAGAAAAUUUAAUAGUUCCUAUGAGUUUUUUGCCUAUUUUGACCUUAAAAAUUAAUAAACAGUUAUCACAUGCAAGAUCUUACCUAUACAUACCUACUUAAGACACUGUAAAUUUUGCUUCUUCUGAUACUGAGUAGUGUUGCAUUUUCUUUUAUAAAUGAGACAUAAGGAUGAUAGCAACCACACAUGCACACUCCAGAGAUUGUUCUAAUUUCCCUCCACCCCUUUUUUUGAAACAGGGUCUUGCUCUGUUGCCCAGCCUGUAACACAAUCUCAGCUCACUGCAACCGCCUCUCAAAGUCAAGCAAUUCUCCCACCUCAGCCUCCUAAGAAGUUGGGACCACAGGCGAGAGCCACCACACCUGGCUUAUUGUUUUUUGCAUGUUUAGUAGAGAUGAGGUUUCACCAUGUUGCCCAGGCUGGUCUCGAACUCCUGAGCUCAAGCGAUCUGCCAGCCUCUGCAUCCCAAACUGUUAGGAUUACAGGUGUGAGCUGCAUGCCCGGCCUAACUUUUUCAGGUGUAUUAACACUAUGGCAUCUGAAUUUUGCAUCUAACAAAACUCAUUUUCAGAAAACAGGUUGAUUGGAGGUCAUGGAACGGUUAAAUAUUAGAGCUGUGACUUAUAUCCAGGCAGUCUGGCUCCUGAGUCUCUGUGCUUAACCAAUGUUCAAUGUUAUACAAAUCAUUUUCUUAACUCUGUAUGCCUUUUCUUUCCUAAGUUCAGAGGCUUCUGAAAAAUUUAGCUGAAAGUGAGAAAUUCCUAUUCAGUGAAUGGAGACUAUAGGGUAGGGCUGGUGCCAAAGGAUAAUUGUGGGACUGUCUCGGAGAACUAAGUUUCAAUUUUUAAAGUGGGUCUUUUAAUUUAUAUUUCUAGUUGAGUCAUUUUGUAUUUUAUUUAUUUUCAUAUGACCAAUCAUCUUGUGUUCCACAUAUCUAAUGAUAUAAUCAAAAGUUAUAUAGAAGAGUUAAAUAAAUUUAUUUUUUUCUAACUAAAUUAUUUACAAGUCUGUUCUAUUACCAUAAUUUACUAUAUUUGCUAAUUUUCCCUUUUGUAAAAUUAUUUUUAUCUAUUCACAUUUUCUUAUUUCCUACCUUCAUCUAUAAACAGGAGAACAAAAAUUAGGUAAAGCCAAUGCCUCUCUUUUAUAAUAAGGGGUCAGCUUUUCUGGAACCUCCAUAAGAUUUCCCCCUUUUUUAGUGAAGGACAAUAUGUUUUCCAGGUACUUACUCCUGACCUUUUGUUUAUAUGUAAUGAUAUUGUGGCAGGAAAAAAAUAUAGUAGCAUUUAUAUAUACCACAGGCUUUAUGUACAUUUUAAAUGCUUAAAAUUGCAAAAUGUUAAAAAUGUAAGUAAAAGGAAAAAAGAUGACAACCAUAUCAUUAUGAGACUAUUAUUUUUAGCAUUCUAUACUUACAGAUGAUAAGCCAAUUAUACUGUUUCUUUUUAUGGAACAAUAUGUAAAGUAAAUAAAAAUAACAAGUCUAUACAC